AUGGCAGGUUCAAAGAAAGGAAAGAGCAACAACAAGAAGAAAGGAGAGAAGCCAAAACCUAAAGAAUCAAACUCCAAACUUUCAUCUCAUCAAGAGUCCUCAUCCACACUUGAAAGUGUUAAUCCUUCUGAUAUUGAUGAAGAAACCAACAAUCUAUUCUAUGAAGUCUACAAUAACAUAGAACUGGCAUAUCCGGCAGCCUGUGAAAUCUUGUUGACAUUAGGCUACAGUUCUUAUUCAGCAACGUUAGCGAUGUUGUGUGGCGGUAACAUAGCCGGUGAAAAGGGAGGAAACAUGGUCGCGAACAUCCUCAAGAACUCGAUCUCCUUCAUCGAAAACUACCCCGUGGUGAAUGGUCAACACGCCGUUGAUGUACUUCCAUGUUUCCAAACUAUGCCUGACCUAAUUCAGUGUUGGGUUCAGACAUUGGUUAACCAAGCAGCUGGUCUUUAUCCCGAGGCCACGCAGCGCGAAUUAUUGUUGCAUGUUUUAGGUUGCAAAUUCGUUGAUGUUGAAGGGAUUGUUAAAGAUGUUGGAAAUUCGAAGAAUGGUGAUGAUGAUGAAACCGAUUUUGAUGCAUUCCUGAAAGAGAACAUCAAUGCACUUCGAUCGGUUAAUCUUACUUGGAAGCCUCAUCAAGGUAUGACGAAUAAUAAUCUUUUGGGAUCUCAGCCACCUAGAGGAUCGAAUGACAAAGGAAAAAAUGUUAUGAGUGGAAAAAACUCUGAUGGUAAAACUGAAGAACUGGCAAUCAAAUUGGAAAUGAAAGUGAAGGAGCUUGAGGAGCAAGUGAAAGAGAGAAAGAAGGGGCGAGAAUCUUUGGAGGAGCUCUUGAUGCGGCAAAAGAUAGAAAUUGCAAAUGCUCACAUAAAUAGCAUGUUGAAGAUGGUUUUGGGAUCAAGGAAAGUGAAUGAUGCACUUGAUAUCAUGGAGGGAAGAACAAGUGAGCUUAGGGUUCAAAAUCUGAGACUUCGUGCCGAGCUUUCGGCGUGUAGAGUUAACGGAGCUGAAUCAGAGAGGAAGUUGAAGAUCGCAAUGAAAAAGGACAAGGCAACGAUUAAGCAAAUUGAAGCUCUUGAAGGAAUGACAGAUACCGUCAACAACGAGAUUCGUGAGACGAUACAAAUGAGCCUCCAGCUUGAUAGGCAGUUGCAUGUCACUAAAGAAGCUAGUAAUGAACUUGAGGUGAGAGUGAGGCAAGCACUGAAGCAAAAAGAGGAAGCGAAUGAUCUGCUCAAAGCAGAAAAGAGAUCACUAAGAAUUGCAAAAGAGGCUAGGGAAGAAAUGUUAGCAACUUUGCAGCAAGAAAUUGGGGCUGAAAGAAAACAAGUGGAGCAUGAAUGGAAAACUUUAUAUAGCGAAUCUAUUAUCCUCGAGCAGGCCUUCGGUUUCCAAGAUGAGCCGUCUUCCUCCUCUUCUUCUUCAUCUCACGACCAAUUAAAGACGUUCAUCGACAACAUCUGGGACAAUGAUUGUGACAUUCCGAUUCACCGGCGAUGUAUAAUGUGCUUGAACAGGGUAGCCGGAGUCCUUUUCAUUCCUUGUGGUCAUCAAGUCAUUUGUAUUCAAUGUCGUGAAAGAAUCGUAGAUGAAUGCCCUUGCUGCAAGGAGCAUAUUCAAGAAAAGGUUAGGGUUUUUGGAGCCCCUUAA